AUGGAGUGUGUUAUUGAGAUUAGACAUGUGCAUGAAGAAGUUGAAGUGGUGUCUGGUAUGAUGUGUUUGGAGAAAGAGUUCACAGUUGGUCACUUGAUUGACCAACACCAACUUGAAGUAAGAGAAAAAAGGUGCAUACAAGGGAAGAUGGGAAGACCACCUUGUUGUGAUAAAGAAGGUGUGAAGAAAGGACCUUGGACUCCUGAAGAAGAUAUUAUUUUGGUGUCUUACAUACAGGAGCAUGGUCCUGGCAAUUGGAAGGCUGUUCCUGCUAAAACUGGGUUGUCGAGGUGCAGUAAGAGUUGUAGACUUAGAUGGACUAAUUACCUGAGGCCAGGAAUCAAAAGGGGUAACUUCACUGAAGAAGAAGAGAAGAUGAUAAUCCAUCUUCAAGCACUUCUAGGGAACAGAUGGGCUGCCAUAGCUGCAUACCUGCCACAAAGAACAGAUAAUGACAUAAAAAACUAUUGGAACACCUAUUUGAAAAAAAAGCUGAACAAAUUGGAAGCAAGUGGUUCUGAAGGAAGCUUGGGACAUGUUGGGGUUUCAGUUUCUCAGCCAAUGUCUAGAGGUCAGUGGGAAAGAAGGCUUCAAACAGAUAUCCAGAUGGCCAAGAAGGCUCUCAGUGAAGCUCUCUCACCAAACAAGGCAUCAUCCACCUUGUUAGCUGAGUCAAAUUCAAAGCUCUCCAAUCAUAACACUGGCUCUUUCUAUAACUCCACCAAACCAACACAAUCUAUAUGUUAUGCCUCAAGUGCUGACAACAUAGCUCGUUUGUUGAAGGGGUGGAUGAAAAACACACCAAAAGCUUCACGUUCUACCACUCAAAACUCCUUCAACAACUUGGCUGGUGCUGGAGCUGACACUGCUUCCAGCGAAGGAACAACAAAGGGAAGCACACACAAUGCUGAAUUGUCUGAGACUUUUGAGACGUUGUUCGGUUAUGAGUCUUUGGAGUCUUCAAAUUCCGAGUUUUCACCAUCUCUUUCUCCUGAGGGAACUCUUUUUCAAGAUGAGAGCAAGCCAGUUAUUGCUGGAAUAGACAUACCUUUCUCUCUGCUUGAGAAAUGGCUUCUGGAUGAUGCAGGUUGCCAAGAUAAACUUAGUUUCUAG